AUGUCGCUAGUCAACGGCUUUAGUAAAUCUCAAGCAUUUUGUAGAUCCUUCUGGUUCCUAUUUCUAGUAGUAAGUUUCUUUGUCCUUGUAGGAUUUAGUAUGCCGAGGCGGUCAGCUAUCGCAUAUAUCCAUGAUGACAAAGAGCGUGAUGUCACGUUCUUCAAGCGACGCGGCGGUUUGUUUAAGAGUAUUGCUGGUCUCUCUGCUGUCACUGGUGCUAGGGUUGCUGUCGUCCUAGAGACAGAAAAUGAGACGAUGCAUUCCUUUGGGACGCCAUCUGCUGACCCCAUUGUUGAUGCUUUUCUAUCAGGAGCACCACUAGCAGUUCCACUUGACGAUGAGGCAACAACUGCCAGAAUAGCCCAGCUACAAAGUGAGGUGGCUCGGCUUGAUAUGAAUUGCAUGAAGGAGUACAAGGAAAACCAACUUUCCAUCGAGCGUAUGAAACAAAUCCAAGAGCAGUGCCCAGGUAUGGCAGCAAACCAUAUCUUCUCGAAGGAAGAAGAUCUCAGCCCUGGAGAUCUCAACAAUCUAUCCAAUGAAAUCUCUCGUGUCCAUGAGGACAUUGGACAUCGACUGCCACAACUACAUCAUGGACACAAAGCCAUGACUGGUCGUGCAAGCAUAAAACAAAACAUGCUACCAUCAAGUGGUCCACCAUCGGAUCGCAUGAGGACUACCCCUUCAUCAGUGCACUCACUAUGGGAUCACCAUCUUCCACAACACCAAAUGCAUUCAUCUCCACUUCCAUCACCACCAGGACACAUCAUGGCACCAGGUUUUUCUCAGAAUGAUGCAAACUCUAACUCAACAUCUAGGUAUAAUUUGGCGGUCUCUCCACUGUUGGUCUACUCUGGUGGAAAUGAUUUUACCGUCAAUGACCCAUUUGUCUAUGAAUCAUGGGGUUAUGCUCUAUCGGAUCAACCAUUCCGCGAUGAAUAUAUAGAGAAGGAUGCUUCCUUGGGCUAUAAUGGUGCCGAUGUAGGGCAAUCUUCCAUGGGAAAUGGUGGAUGGGUUGAUAAGCCACCGGAAUCUUCUUCUAGCUAGAUGGUGUUAUCACUUCAAGUC